CGGCUGGUCCUUCGACUACCGCACUGCAACUGUGCUCUGCUGAGGGCAGACUCGUCUUGCCGGGCAAGUGCACAAGGCGGGGCGACAGACCAGAAACCUUGCGACUUGCGAUGUGCGACAGCCCUGUGCAGCAUAUCCGUUGACUUCAAGUCCAUUUCGCAGUCGACAGUAGUGCGUGCGUUCGUGUUCUGGACGACACUACCUGCACGUGCAACCAGCCUUGAUGCGGACGACGCUGUUCAGCCGCAUUUUUGUCAGGCUCUAGCACUGUAUGAUGGAGAAACCCACAGUGAAGGAAUGCGUUCAAGCGCUUCAGUCUGAUAGGCUCAUCACGCUCAUCAUUGGCAACUCCCAGGCUGCAAUGUCAGUACAAGUUCAACAGAGCGUUCUUGAGGCGGUCAGCCCGUGGUUCCAAAAAGCACUUCGAGACCAGGUAUUUGUCGAAGGACAGACUGGCAAGAUCUUGUUUCCGGAAGACGAUCCAGCAUCCUGGGAGAUCUUCUUGUAUUGGCUGUUGCGCCGCGAAAUUCCAAGGCCAGGAAUUGCCACCUCUCACGAAGAAGAUCUUAUCAGCUUGGCCAAAUGCUGGAUACUCGGAGACAAGUAUGGCAUAACUAAAUUUCAAGACGAAGUUAUGCUCUUCUACUUGCAUAUCGUGGACCUCCAUUGUGUUGAACUGGCGCCAGAGCAGUGCAAAGAGCUCACCAAGAUCACGCCACCAGGUUCAAAGCUUAUGAAAUUGCUUUCGGAGGAGUCCGCACGAUUUUGCGAGCAGAACGGCCUUACUUCUGACGGGAUUGCCACGUUGGACGGUGUUCCAGGCUUCUGGCCAACUUUUGUCGAAGCUCAACAGAAGAUGAAGAAGCACAGCGAUCAGUUCACUUCGCGCAUGAAAGGUGUCGGUUCGACAACGUGCGAUGAGGCUCACUGGAGCGACUACAUGGCAGGCGACUUGCCGGAUUUCGCGGAGUUCAUCGAGGAUAGAGGGUAACAGCUUUUGGGCGCGAGGCAAGUUCUUUCGAGCGAUUUGCUCGCCUCUGUUGCCACCCCUCUCGACGGCGGUGGGAUACAUCCUAGCUGCUCCGCUGACAAGACCCCAUGAGCCGCUUCUUUGACCUGGUCUCGAGGUUCGCAGUCUACAAGCAACGCGCUGGAUCAAAGCAUGCGGUCAUGAAGGGCCAAUUAGCUUGUGCAACCGAUUAUAAAAUCAUCUGUGGUUGAUAGCCCUACUUAAUAUCUCUGCCCUGAAUGAAGCAAAAGACAGGUUGCAAUUCACCAAC